CUCGGAUGCUAAGCAGCUCACAAGUCCGAUCGCCUUAUGAGGCCGCCGAACCGCAGAGCCUCACAGUUCGCAUAGCAGUGCACUCAUGUGUUUCCUUGUCAGGAUUCCUAGAUCGUAGCGUAAAAGAACACUAUCAACCCCUGUUAAUCUUUCCCUGAAAAAUCGACGCGGUCGGCAACAAGGGCAAGCCUCCCAACCAAAAUCGAACAAAGACAUAAAAUGUCUCUCUACAGGCAGUUAAAUAAAUGCCUCAUCCCUUGUCACGAAGACGCAGAGUUCUUACCACUGAGUGAGAUCAGCGCAAGAGUAACUGAGGACAACAUCAAGUCGGAAGUCCCCGUUAGGAAGCGCUGCUUCUCAAAUCGCAGUCUACCACGCACAAUAUUAAAGCAGGCCAGAAGGAUAUUUUCAAUCCUGGUUCUCAUUCAAGAAGCACAAGCUAUCGUUAAUCUCGUGUGUCGCGAUAACAUCACCGAUGAAGAUCUUCCUCUUACUCGACAAUCCAUGAGCGGGGACGAUCAAAAUGUCCUGAUAUCCGCCAAGACUGGAAAAGCUUUCCCGUCAUUUUCUCUGUGGCCGAGGGAGGCGAGAGUGCGGGACUUUCUAAACUUCCAAUGGCUGGUACAAGCGCCUGUCCUCAAUGCUCUCGGUCAACAUAUCUCGCUGGACACGAAAUGCCCUCUCCCCCUAAUAGACUGUGUCAUGAAAUGCAAAAGUGGUCCGAAUAGCGUGCUACACAAAUGCAAGAUCCAUGGGGCCCAUCAAUCAAUCUUCAAGAAUGACCCAGAGCCAUAUGUUGCUCUCAAAGAAGUCAACAAUGACGAGGCGUUCGAGAAGGAAAAAACAAACCUAGAGCUCAUACAGUCUCUUAAGCACGAGCAUCUCAUCAAACUGAUCGCUACCUGUCAGAAGGGAUCUAUAUGCUAUUUUAUAUUUCCUUGGGCUGAUGGUGGGGAUCUUAGAGACUUUUGGAAGGCUAAUGACACAAUACCACGCUCCCAAGAAUUGGUGGUGUGGUCUCUCCGCCAAAUUCUGGGCAUCGUGAGUGCGAUCAACGCUUUGCACGGCAAAAAUACUCGGCACGGAGACAUAAAGCCUCAAAACAUUCUUCAUUUUCUCAAGGCGCAUGAUGAUGCUGUCAUGGACAGUAGAGGAAGACUGAUCCUUGCAGAUGUUGGAGUUUCCAAGAUCCAUCGAGAGAUCACGAGCAUGAGACAAGAUCCCACAAACUGCCAACAGUCCACAGUCACGUACGAAGCGCCUGAAGCCCAGUCAGACCAACGAGAGGGCAAGCCGAGAGGUCGUCGAUAUGACAUGUGGUCUCUAGGCUGCAUGUUUCUCGAAUUUACGGUCUGGCUCGUCUUUGACUACAGCACAGUCAGAAGUUUCAGAAAGUCCAGGCGUACUCGAGAUGAUCCCAAAGACGCCUUCGGAAGCUUUUUCGUCCAGACUUCAGACAACUUAAUCCAGAUCCACUCUGCAGUCAUCGAGGCGAUUGGCCACUUACGGGGUCAUCCACUUUGCAGUGGCGAUACUGCUUUGGCAGAUCUUAUCCAGCUGAUUCAAAACCACUUGUUGCAAGUUGACGUCCGGGCACGCACCGAAGCCCCGGAACUCUUGAAAAGGCUAGAGAGCAUCAUUCACAGAGCUGAACAGGAUGGCAAUUACUUAUAUCCAAGGUUUGUCGACAAUAAUGGUUAGGAUGUAUAUCAUGUCAGCUUUCCUAGAAGAAAUCACAAACAUUUAUCAUCUGAUUCAACGUCUUCGACAAACCUGAACAUCAGCUUCGUUGAUAAUAUCCGUCAAGACUUUCCAGAGUCCGUCCAAGGGAUCUUUCUCAGAUAAGACUCGUUGUCGGCCUCAGUGGUACCAAUACGGCUUUGACCACUGCUCAGUUUGUUCAACUCGAGAAAAACAGCAUCGCGAGUCGAGAUCUGACCCACCACGAGAAGACCUAGCUUGAUGGCAAUUCUGAUUUUGCUUUCGACGAGCGGUCCAUAGCAAACGCAUUCCAGGGUCUCUCCACAGGAUGGGGCAGAACCUUAUUUAUUUUAUCCAGAUGAUAAAGGCCGAAGCAUAGGUUGCAGGAGAUGCUAUCAGAAGCCAUUCUUAUAUGUCUUACAGCGUGCCCGACAGGAAGAGAGAUAUGUUCUUGGCUUCAAUAUUUCAUGUCUAUAUGACGAUACUUCGAAAUUGUUGAGUGAUUACUCCCCUAUCGGCGAAUUUUGAUUCCUGCUGACACGUAUCUCACAGACCAAACGGUCGAGGCAGAGCCAGUGGCCAGUCCCUCGCAGGACUACAUUUUGCCAUGUAAUAAACUUUUUAUAACGCUAGUGGAAGCACAUACCCGUGUUCAGAAGUUGUAGAGAUGGGUUACUCAUUCAAUAAGGGCAUUCCAGGGAGGUACAUGCUCCCUGGUUUUCUAGGUCCGAGAUCGAAGCAGGUAUAAUUGAUGUUUUAUUACUGUGAGGGAAUCUCAAUGUUCGCUAGAAAAUCACCAAUCCACGUGCAAAAUUCCGUAUCUGCCC